AUGUCUGCCGGAGGUGAGCGCCUGAAAGAUGAAGGCACGAAGAAGCAGGUUGUCGUCGCAGGAGGUAUAGCUGGACUAGUAUCGAGAUUCUGCGUCGCGCCUCUUGAUGUCGUCAAAAUCCGCCUUCAGCUCCAGAUCCAUUCGCUUUCUGAUCCUCUCUCACACCAUGGCAUCAAGGGCCCAAUUUACAAGGGGACAAUCCGGACGAUGCGCUCCAUCGCCAGAGAAGAGGGAAUAUCAGGCCUAUGGAAAGGAAACAUCUCCGCCGAACUAAUGUACGUCUGCUACGGCGGCCUCCAAUUCGCAGCCUACCGAACAACAAACCAGUUCCUCGAAGAACUGCCGCACCGUCUACCCCAAGCCGCCGAGUCAUUCGUCUCGGGCGCCGUCGCCGGCGGCAUCGCAACCUCGUGCACAUACCCUCUCGACCUGCUACGCACACGGUUCGCCGCCCAGGGGAACGAAAGGAUAUACACGUCCAUCCUGUCCUCAAUCCGAGACAUAUACCGCACCGAGGGGCCACGCGGGUAUUUCCGCGGUUGCUCGGCGGCCGUCGCCCAGAUCGUGCCGUAUAUGGGCCUCUUUUUUGCUACCUACGAGACGCUCCGGUUACCACUCGGUGGUGGCCAGCUACUAGGCGCGUGGCUGCCGUUUGGAUCCGGCGAUGCGGCGGCCGGGGUUCUGGCGAGCGUAAUUGCGAAGACGGGCGUUUUCCCGCUGGAUCUUGUGCGGAAGAGGUUGCAGGUGCAGGGUCCGCAUCGCGCGCGAUAUGUGCAUACUAAUAUCCCGGAGUAUCAGGGGGUUGUGCGCACGAUUGCGGUUAUUUUGAGGACUCAGGGAGUGCGUGGGCUGUAUCGCGGGUUGACGGUUAGUUUGUUCAAGGCUGCGCCGGCGAGUGCGGUGACCAUGUGGACGUAUGAGAGGGUGCUGAAUUUGAUGCGCGAGAUGGAUUGA